GUUUUCAUCGAAGUCUAAAGUUAAGAAGGUAGAUGACAAUAACGGGAUUAGCAAAUACAGUUCUGAUGAGGAAGAUUCAUCAGAUAGUAAAUGGAAGUUAGAGCUGGCUUGGCUCACUAAGGCAGUUGAACCAGCUCUGCAAUUUUGUAGGAGAUGGAAUUGGAAACAAGCCUCCGCCAAAUAAUCGAUCCCUUAUGGAAAUAGUUUCCUUCAUCAAACGAAGCAAGAUUGGAAUCCAGGAUUGGAGUUUGAGUGACCUUACAAUUGGCUUGUAUCUGAUCUAUCUUCGUCAAGCUUCCACACAUCCAUUUGAAGAUAUCAAAGGCAUCCAGAUAUCGUCAGAAUCAAUAGUUCAAGAUCUCAUUUAUCAUAUUGAGUUGGCUAAAGGUGCUUAUAAGGAUAAUCCUGCGGUUCUUGCAAGGAACAGCAUGCUCCGAGAAAGUAAUAUCAUAAAAUUUGUUAAUAACUCCAGUGUAAUGAGGCCUGCAUAUUACAUAGGAGUUGACACCCGUAAAAAGCUUGUAAUUUUGGGCAUUCGUGGCACACAUGCUUUAUAUGAUCUUAUAACUGAUAUUGUUUCUUCAAGUGAUGGUGAAGUAACCUUUGAAGGCUAUUCAACCCACUUCGGCACUGCUGAAUGUGCUCGUUGGUUUCUUCACCAUGAGAUUGGAAACAUAAGAAAAUAUUUAGCAAAACAUGAGGGAUAUAGGUUAAGACUUGUGGGACAUUCUCUGGGAGGUGCAAUAGCUUCUUUACUGGCAAUAAUGAUCCAUAGAAAAUCAGCAAAGGAACUGGGAUUUAGCCCUGACAUUGUAUCUGCUGUUGCAUAUGGAACCCCACCUUGUGUUUCCAAAGAACUUACCGAAAGUUGCGCUGGAUAUGUGACAACAGUUGUGAUGCAGGUGAGUGAUUGCAUUUCACAAUGCUCGAAUGACUUGAUCAAGAAAAAAGGAAUGUCCUCUGAUGUGUCUGAUUCUUUUUCCCUAACUUUGUAUUUAUCUAUUAUCUAUUAUGCAACAUUUUCUUAUAUUUUAAAAAAGUUCAUUAACUUUCAUUUGAAGUUAUUUGGUGAAGUACCAAAUAGUUUUAAAAUUUGUAGUGUCCUCAACAACGUAAUCAAAUAGAUUGCGGGUAUUUCA